UUUUCACCCCGGGGGGCAGUAACGGUCACUAACGUCUCUGAGCAUGCGCAGUGGCACUUCACACAACCGCAAUAAGCAAACAUGGCGGCGGCCGUCGACAGUGUUGUGAAAGUGCUAGGAGAGCAGUAUUACAGAGAUGCCAUGGAGCAGUGUCACAGUUACAACGCUCGUUUGUGCGCUGAGCGCAGCAUCCUCAUGCCUUUCCUGGACUCUCAGACUGGUGUAGCACAGUCAAACUGUUACAUCUGGAUGGAGAAGAGACACCGGAGUGCAGGUGUAGCUCCGGGGCAGCUUUACACCUACCCAGCCCGUCGCUGGAGGAAGAAACGCCGUUCUCAUCCCCCAGAGGAUCCUCGCUUGGCUUUCCCCCCUCUCAAAGCAGCAGAUUUGGAGCUGGGACUGAAGCGUGAUGCGUUGGGGGCGGUGGAUGGCAGCAGUCUGGAGGCCCUGCUGAAGGGGGAGCCCCUCGACAGGAGGAGUGGAGUGUUAGAUGUCCGCGGCCCUGAGGACGACUCAGCAGUUGUGGAGCCUCCUGCCACCUCGGCGACCACACACACGUCCUCUGGACGUAUCCGCAAGAGAGUCCUGGACCAUGACGACUACUUGGACGACCUGGAUGACGAAGACUUUGAGGACGAGACCCCCAAGAGGCGAGGCAAGAGCAAGUCCAAGGGUCGCAGUGACAAGAAUGGCAAGAAGAAACAGGAAGCUGCAGCUGCAGCGCUGGAGGAGAGGGACAAACCCUACGCCUGCGACAUCUGUGGGAAGCGCUACAAGAACCGUCCUGGCCUGAGCUACCACUAUACACACUCUCACCUGGCCGAGGAGGAGGGCGAGGACCGCGAGGAGAUCGAGGCACCACCCACUCCUCGCCAGCCUGAGGAACAGAAGACAACUAAGAAGGGUCCCAAUGGGCUGGCACUGCCCAAUGACUACUGUGACUUCUGUCUGGGAGACUCCACUUUGAACCAGAAGACUGGCCAAUCAGAAGAGCUGGUGUCCUGCUCAGACUGUGGACGCUCAGGCCACCCAACAUGCCUGCAGUUCACACCGGUGAUGAUGGCUGCAGUGAAGACCUACCGCUGGCAGUGCAUCGAGUGCAAGUGCUGCAAUGUUUGCGGCACCUCAGAGAAUGACGACCAGCUGCUGUUCUGCGAUGACUGUGACCGAGGCUACCACAUGUACUGUCUAAGUCCCUCCAUGACUGAACCGCCAGAGGGGAGCUGGAGCUGCCACCUGUGCCUGGCUCUGCUGAAGGAUAAGGCCUCCAUAUACCAGCAGAACCAGAGCUCCGCCCCUGAGUGACAGCAUAUCAACAAGUCCCGCCCCCUCCGUAAUGGGACCCUGCCCCCCUCCAAUGGAAACGUCAGACCUCCUCUCAGUCCGGAGCUCCAGGCUCUGUCCAGAUGUAGCUGAGCCAGACCGCAGAUCAGCUUUAGAAGUCUUAAUAUCUACAGCGUCAGUGGGGGGAUCAAACUAUCACUACCAACCUGCCUGCAAAGCCCCAGAGGCCUGCCGUCAAAAACACAUACAUAUACAGUAUAGACACAACACACUCUCUCCUGGACUGUUACACACACUAGAUACAGAGACAGAGAGCAUGCAGUAACCAUAAUAACUGCUGUCUCAGCGGGAGCUCCCAGGAGCAAACGGAUUAGCAUCACAGCUAAUUAUCUGCACCCCUUCACACUCAAAGACGCAGUGUGGACUGUCGAGACAACACAGUUCUGUUUUUCUGCCAAAUUAUCUAUUUUUACUCCCUGAAUGUGGGAGAAAGAAAAAAAAUCACCAAGUAUAAUGUCAAGGAAUAUUAUUAUUAUUAUUAUUAUUACUAUUGUUAUUGUUCUGGUUACUAGUGGACUUUUGUAGUGGCAUUUGUCUGUGUACUUUUGUCUGAUCCAUCCGAGCGUUAAUCUUUUAAAGAGGUUUCCCUGAGGGGAGCCGGUCAGUGCCAAGGUCCACCGUCAAAUGAAAUACACACAACAAUGACCCAUGGAACUUAUCAUAAUCACGUCAGCCAUCUUUGUUUCAUUUUAAAUCAGUGGAACAAAGAUGGUAAAAAAAAACAAGUCUUAAUUAUUUGCCAACAAAAAAAACUUUGGCUUUGACUCGUUAAGCUGUUAGCACAAAAUCUUUGGCCUUGCCUCUUUAGGGUUGCACCAAAACAGACAUUUUAUCUCUGAUUCUGUUACUGGAUUUAUCAGUUAGUUAAAACAAACACUAUACAACAGAGCAUAUACUGUAAGCUGACCUAAUGACACAUACAAACAUGUAGUAUAAUGCCGGUGUUCGCCAUCAUUUCUCCAUCAGACAGAGCCAACAUUCUCUUAUUUUGAAAAACAUGUUUUUUUAAAGUCAGGUAAUGCUGUUCUUAUCGGGGGGGAACUGACCAAUUCGUGAAACUAGCAGUCAUCAAGGCGCAUCCUUUUCUCAAAGUUGUUUUUGUGCUAGCUUUUUAGAAACCGUUUGGCAGCGACAUCACGCUUCACGAGUCAUUUUAAACCGCUGCUGUCAAACCGAUGACACACAGAAUCAUUUACAAACUGUAGCUGCUUUUAUUAUUUGUCACACGGAGGCAGACUUGCAUGCAGAUUGCACCUGUAUGAAUGCACACACUCACACCACAAGUGUUUUUUUGUUGUUGUAUUGUUUUGCUUUUUUACAUUUUAUAUUACCUGAUAUUCCAUUGGUACUGGGAGUUUUUUCUAGUAGAAUUUUGUAAAGUCUAUGGCAUAGCAAACACUUCAAGUAUAUAGCUCCUAAUGCAUUCUAUGUACUGUAUUGACUUUUUCUAUUUUUGUUAUGACUGUGACAUGUUUGAAUUUAUUUGAUUAUUCUGAUAUGUCAGACCUCCAUUAUGAGUAUUUGUAAAAUGAUGUACUUUGUUGUACUAUUUUUAUUUUUGCAUUUCUUUGGUAUCAAAGCCGAUUUAGCCUGACAAUAAAAAUCACUUUGAAUUACA